AUGACGCCGGCCUACGCAUUCACAGACUACCGGUCUCAAGGACAGACAAUCAUGUACAUUGUCGUGGACAUCACAACGCCGCCUGGAGGAAGCAUGUUCCUGUUCAACCUUUACGUCGCUCUCUCUCGCAGUUCAGGUCAUCAAACAAUACGGAUCCUUCGGGAUUUCGAUGAAACGACAUUCUUUCAACCUAUUAAUGAGAUGCUAACAAAAGAGAAUCAAUGCUUGCAAGAGCAGAAUACAAGAACCAAAACAUGGUGGGAACAGAUAAAAAAUGGAGUUGCUCAGACACCGCAAUGCCUGUCAUCAUAA